GAAAGAGGAUCGUUUUGGCCGCGGACCCCCCCCCCCCCCCGAUGCAGGCCAUCAAGUGCGUGGUGGUGGGCGACGGUGCCGUGGGUAAGACAUGUCUGCUCAUCAGCUACACCACCAAUGCAUUUCCCGGGGAGUACAUCCCGACGGUGUUCGACAACUAUUCGGCUAAUGUCAUGGUGGAUGGGAAGCCGGUGAAUCUGGGACUAUGGGACACGGCGGGUCAGGAAGAUUAUGACAGGCUGCGACCACUCUCCUAUCCACAGACGGAUGUAUUCUUGAUCUGCUUUUCGCUCGUGAGUCCAGCGUCUUUCGAAAACGUCAGAGCAAAGUGGUACCCAGAGGUCCGGCAUCAUUGUCCAAACACGCCAAUAAUUCUGGUGGGAACUAAGCUGGACUUGAGAGAUGAUAAAGACACCAUUGAAAGACUAAGAGAUAAAAAGCUGGCUCCCAUUACCUACCCACAGGGUCUGGCUAUGGCCCGAGAGAUAGGUGCCGUGAAGUACCUGGAGUGCUCAGCGCUCACUCAACGAGGGUUGAAAACCGUCUUCGACGAAGCCAUCCGAGCCGUGCUGUGCCCACCGCCCGUGAAAAAGCGUAGAAAGAAGUGCACCGUUUUCUAGGAAGAGCUCCUCGACGUCCGAGAACCAUAACCUUCAUAACAACGCAAUCCGCUGGUAUUUUAUCCAAAUUGUGGCCCCGAGUGGAAUGAGACUGCAGAAAGAGGGCGUCCCAACAUGUCGUCUCUCUCUCGAGUUGGAACAGUUAGCCUUGAGAGUCAAGUCCUGAAGUCAGUAAUUGUUGUUUGCGCUGUGUUGGGUUUUGUGUGAGGCAAUGUGGCUGUCUUCAUGGGUGGGACUCAUUCAUCUAUUUCUUUUUCCUAAGCUGCAGUAUCCCCUCUUUUGGUGGCUUCUAUAUUUUUUUUAAAAAAAAGUCUUGUCGCACAAAGCUCUCCCAAGUGUCGCUCGGAACGGCUAUCAUUUCCAUUGCGGAAACAGUAUUAACCGGUCUCAGUAUCGGUAUCUGCUUAAUUCUUUGACUUGAAUUAGUUAAAUGACCAUUUGGGGAAUGCUGAAUUCCAGAUUUCCACUAUGCCUAUUAGUUCUCUUCAUUUUUUCCAUUUCACGGACUCUUGACAAUGUAGACCCAAAAAGGAUUAUUUUGCUUAGCAGUUAGUCCACUAAUUGCUGACUAUUUAAAAUGACUCCUGGUGUAUCUUAUCACCCUGUCUGUCUAGGAAUGGCAGUAAUUUCUAGUGCCUAUCAGUCCACAUUACUGAUUAUUAAAGCCCAAACCAUUGUCACAGCAACAUCUAUAACCCGCCAUAUCGAUGGAUUCUCUCCCACCCCUCCCCAUAUCCCCCCCCAAAAAAGUUGCAAAAUUGAAAAGUUCAUUACAAGAUCUUGUGUCAAAAUAAUUUUUGAUCUUUUGUAACCGUUUUUUUUUUGCAGGAGAUCAAAACUAGGGAUACUGCAGUGUUUAAACGUGGUAUAGACUUUUUUUUUGAUGGUCUGUAAGCAGCUCUGGAUGACCGUGGGCUCGCUGAGUGCAACGUGGGCUAAAGUCGAAAUGUAUGGAUGUAUGGGGAUCGCGGGGGGGGGGUGGGGAGGGGAGGCGUGUGUGUAUCGAAAGCCUGUAAAAAGCUUUCUGCUGGUUAAUGUGAAAUCAAUGUUUAACUGUUGUAUUCAUUAACUUUAUUAUAACACUAGCAGACUUGUGUUUUGCCAGACAGGUUUCUCCUUUUAUUCUUAAAAUUACUACCAGUAAAAAAAAAAAUUGCCCGUUGCAGUGUCAUGUAAGCAACGAAACAUUCGCUCAUUUUAGCUGGUACUAAUACUAAAGAAAGGUUGUGCUAAUUUGACAUCUUUUCAUUCCUAGCACUGGCCGCUGUGAUGGGAGUCUCAGUAUUUUACUCUUAAUUGACAUCCUAGCCUUAACCCUGGGAGAGAACUGCCUCUUCUGGAAAUCUCACUUUUUAUUUACUAUUUUUUUUAUUUGUUGUUGGGAUUUUUUUUCUUAUUGCAUUCGUACGAGUUUUUUGAACAAUUUCUAACUUGGCACGUUCUCAAGGUGCGACUUCUUGAACCAAAUUAUGUUUAAAAAAAAAUGAAUUUCAUUAAAUAUUGUAGUAUCCUCAUAACCUUA